GCCAAGGGAGGUUUGGCUAUCGCGGAUGCAUGUAUGCAUGGUAAUUUGGGGGGACAUUGGCACGCUGUUGUGAGAGGGUACUAAAUCAAACUCAAGACCGUGAACCACCCGGCUGCCGUUUACCGGAGGAAUUAGGGAAUUGAGGAAUACAGGAUUGACACUUGGUGAAUGUAAACGACAGAAUGAAGGAGAGCAUCGAGGGAAUUGAGAAGUUUGUCAGUCCAGGGAAAGGACGAGGACUACGGGUGACCAAACCUUUCAAAGUUGGAGAGUUGCUGUUCUCGUGCCCUGCAUACGCCUACGUUCUGUCUGUCAAUGAAAGAGGUUGUUACUGCGAAUUCUGCUUGACCAGAAAAGAAGGCUUGGCCAAAUGUGGAAAGUGCAAGAAAGCCUUCUAUUGCAAUGUCACCUGCCAGAAAGCGCACUGGGCGAUGCACAAGCUGGAGUGUGGCGCCAUCAUAGCGUUCGGGGAGAAAUGGAGUCCCUCGGAGACAGUACGUCUGGUUGCCAGGAUUCUUGCCAAGAAGAAAACCCAGAAGGAGAAGAGCAGUUCUGAGAAGCUGCUGCUGAUUGGAGAGAUGGAGUCACACGUGGAAGAUGUGGACAAUGAGAAGAGAGAGAUGAACGAGGGGGACAUCGCCAGUCUGCAUCAGUUCUACUCCAAACACCUGGAUUUCCCUGACCACUCUGGCCUACUGACACUCUUCUCUCAGGUCAACUGUAAUGGCUUCACAGUGGAGGAUGAGGAGCUGUCCCACAUGGGAUCAGCAAUAUACCCAGAUGUGGCUCUGAUUAACCACAGCUGCUCCCCAAACGUCAUUGUCACAUACAAGGGGACAACAGCAGAGAUCCGGGCUGUUCAGGACAUGAGCACUGGGGACGAGGUGCUCAUCAGCUACAUAGACCUCCUCUACCCAACAGAGGACCGUAAUGACCGCUUAAGAGACUGCUACUUCUUUACCUGCGACUGCAAGGAGUGUAAAUCCAAAGCUGGGGACAAGCUGAGGCUGAAGGUACGUCAGCGGAAUGAGCCCAUCAAGCCAGAGCUGGUCAGCAACAUGAGGCGCUACGCCAGGAACAUCAUAGGAGACUUCCGCGCCGCCAAGCUCGACAAAACCCCUGGUGAGCUGCUGGAGAUGUGCGAGCUGAGCCUGGACAAGAUGGCCGCCGUGUUCGAGGACUCCAACGCCUACAUGCUCCACAUGAUGUACCAGGCCAUGGGCGUGUGUCUCCACAUGGGCGAGUGGGACCAAGCCAUCCGCUACGGAGAGAAGGUCCUCAAACCAUACAACGUGCUGUACCCUCCCUACUCCCUGAACGUGUCGUCCAUGUACCUGAAGCUGGGCAGGCUGUACAUGGGGCUGGAGAGGAGCGCCUUGGGGCUCAGCGCCCUCAGGAAGGCCAUGGCGAUUAUGGAGGUGGCUCACGGGAAGGAUCACCACUACCUUGCAGAACUCCAGAAUGAAAUCGCGAAGAAAUGAAGAGACUGAACACGAAGGGACAUCCAUGCACACAUCCAUGCACACACGCACACAGCAGGCUUUAUGCAACUACAAAACUAUGGGCGCUUUCUCUUUUUGGUUGUGAAGGACACAGGGAAAGGGAAAUCGUUUAGAGUUGUCCUUUUUUUUACGUGGGAUGCAUUGAGGUUUUUGUGGAGAGCAAAAUUGCAGGAACGACUGAAUUAUUUUAUACUGUGCCGCCGAUUCAGUAUACUGUAUAAUGCCUUCCUGGGUGGUCAUCGAGGUUUACAUAUGUUUUUGUUCAUAAUAAAAGGUAAUUCCGUUUACCAUCAAA